AUGUCUUGGGACACAGGAAUUCUUCUCGUGAACGGAACCGAGACGGCCGAGUGGAAAUACGUCCUCGAUGUGGGCCCCUCGACCUCACUUGACCCCAGUUAUUACCCCCCCGGUUAUCAAGGAUAUAAACUCGAUCCCAUCAUCGGCGCUGCAAACCCAAACGUAACUUGCGGCCGGGCAGCAUUCGCUUCCGCGCCUCGGACCGAGACGGCUGACGUGCUGGCGGGUUCCGAAGUUGGCUUCCGGGUCUCGGCCGACGGCAAUGGCAACAGAAACGCCGAGUACUCACAGUUCCCGAGCUUCUGGCAUCCGGGUCCCGCGCAAAUUUACCUCUCGCGCGCCCCGAACGACGACCUCCAGAGCUAUAAGGGUGACGGUGACUGGUUCAAGAUUGCCUACGCAGGCCCCUUGAAUAACCAGGAAUGGGUGCUGUGGCCGCACAGCGUAUCCGACUUCAACUUCACAAUCCCGAAAACUACGCCACCUGGUAAAUACCUACUCCGCAUUGAGAACUUCAUGCCCACGGCCAGAACUGGAUACCUUCAGUUUUACAUCAACUGUGCUUUUGUCAACAUCAUUGGCCCCGGCGGGGGCACCCCGACAGACUUUGUGACGUUCCCUGGCACAUAUCAAGACGAGGAUCCAGGUUUUCUCGUGCCCCCGAACCAAGACGUGCUGGGUGGACCCGUGAAAGCGGAUGACAUGAGGUUGAUGGAGUACAAACCCCCCGGCCCGGCGGUAUGGACGGGGUGA